CUAACUUUUCAGGCAUUCAUCAUCUCCCACUCCAAUUCUAUCGGACCAUAAAAAAAGAUUGACACGUGGAAUCCUCGUAAUCUUCAAUUUUAUAAUACGCAUCCAAAGUGCAUUUUAUCAAACACCGCCCCUCCUGCCGCCACUUCCGACUCUGACCAAACUCAUCACCAAACAAAUAAUAAAAAGACAUGUCAAUCCUUUCUCUCACACCGUCUCAUCCUCUUACCCUCCACUCCCAUGCGCACUUUAGCCCCUCCCCCUUUCCCAUGUCCAUCUUACGCCGUCUCAAUCUAAACUUCACCAAUCUUCGUCUCCGUCGCCGUUUCGCCACCGUUUCUGCUGCCGUACGUCAAGACACAACCGUCUGGACUCCACUUCCUCUCUCCGAAAUCGAACCAGCCGCUGAAUCUCUCUUCCAUAUUGCCAUCGACGUUUCCGACGCGCCGGACCUUGCUACAUCACAUACACGCGCCGGACAAUAUCUUCAACUUAAAGUCGGUGACUCGCCUAAACCGUCGUUUCUUGCAAUUGCGUCGCCGCCAAAGCUUGCGAUUAAGCGUGGUGUGUUUGAGUUUUUGGUGAAGAGUGUGGAGGGGUCCACUGCUGAAGCGUUGUGUGCGUUGAAGAAAGGUGAUGUGGUUGAACUCAGUCAGGUUAUGGGGAAUGGAUUUGAUAUUAGUCGGAUCGAACCCCCGGAGAAAUUUGGAACUGUUCUUGUCUUUGCCACUGGAUCCGGAAUUAGUCCAAUUCGGUCACUUAUUGAGUCAGGAUUUGGUGCUGGCAAGAGGUCUGAUGUGAGACUAUAUUAUGGGGCCAGAAACCUUCAGAGAAUGGCUUAUCAGGAUAGAUUUAAAGACUGGGAAUCUUCCGGUGUCAAGAUUGUGCCUGUAUUGUCUCAACCAGAUGAUAGUUGGACUGGAGAAAGUGGCUUUGUACAGGCUGCAUUUACUAGAGCAAAGGAAAUAUCUAACCCAUUGUCAACCGGUGCUGUACUCUGUGGGCAAAAGCAGAUGACUGAGGAAGUUACAUCUAUUCUUGUUGCUGAUGGAGUAUCAGUUGAGAAGAUACUAAAGAACUUCUGACCAAAAUGUAAUUUUUGAAUUGUUGUAUCAUUUUUGAGUUAUAGUAAAUGUAUUCCUUGCCAUUGCUGAGGAUGGAGCAUCUCAACCUGGAAUGUAAAAUAAACAAUUUUGGAAUUUAGUCCAUAUAUUAGAAACCACUUCCGCAGUUCAAAUAUAGGACAGAAACCCCACACCUUUAUUUUUGGAGAAGAAAAAAGAAAAAAGAAAAA